AUGUUAACUACAAACGAUAUCAGCCAUGCUACAUUUAAUAGAUUUGGAUAUAAUAAGCAGUUUCCAUCAUUGUCAAAUUAUACGUGUACGGAUUGGAAAAAUAAACUUUCACAAUUGCGUGUUGAACGCGAACAAGAACUAUCCUAUCGAGUAAAUGAAUGUUAUCGGUUAAGAGAUCUGCAUAAAAAUCAAUUUGAUCGUUGUAUAUCAUCGAAUCAGCCAACAGUUCCGGCAAGUGCAUCAACGCCAACAGUGAUCGCCAUCGACAAUUUUCGACAAAGCAGUCAGGAUAUUUCGUUCAUAAAAAAGUAUUCCAUAGCUCGCAUCAAAUAUUGCCCAUUGUUGUACACAUUAGACACGAAUGUUUCAGCUGAUCAUAGUCAAGAGAUUUUUCUUCCAGAAAAAUAUAAUAACUUGGUAAAAUAUGAAAAAGAAUUACCAAUUCUGAAAACGCUUACACAACAUAUUUCUGGAGUGUCACCGGUAAUAGUAUCGUCAGCAUCUGCACAAAAUUAUGGAGAUACAAGUAUACCAUCUGUUCAACUAGUCAAUGAACAAAAUAAAUCUUCAGUAGAAACUAAACGUUUAAGUGUAUCAUCAGUAAACACCGCCGAUAAAUACCGUUGUAUAGUUUAUGAUCAAUGGCCUAACAGAGAACAAGUAAGUAAAAUUCUUGGAUAUAAAAUUGAAUAUUCUGGUACUCUUGCUGAAACUGGAAAAAAAUCAAAGUCAAUAUCUGGAAAAAAAUCGAACCGUCAAACAUUAACUUCUAUGUCUAAACGAGUGAAACGUGAGGAAAAAUCUAAACUACUGAUCAAUCAUCCAAUAACUGACUUGAAUCCUGCUGUUUUGGAAAGUUCACCUGUCAUAGAGACUAACAAACAAGCAAAACCAGCUCAAUCCAAUCUACCAGACAUUAUUUAUCCACCGUCUGAAAAAUAUUCUACAACUAUUUCAAUUAAACGAUGGUUGAUGAAGAAUAGUUUUUGUUCCGGGACGCCAAGAACGUUUCCACUUCUAUAA